AUGGCUUGGAGGGGUGACGACUCUACCCAGGUCAAACCAAGUAGAGAAAGUGGGCGGGGAAUGGUCCGCCUGACGAAGACUCGUGGCCGUCCACGGAUAGUCGGCCGCACCUGCAACCUGCAUCUCCUGUCAGCAAAGUGUCACUGCCACUGA